GUUUCCGGGCCGGCCUCCAGAGGCCGGCGCACAAGAUGGCGGCCCCGGAGGCCAGGGGUGGGAGGCUGCCGCUCGGCCUUGGGCUCUAGCGCGGUGCUAGGGGCCAGAGACAGGCUUUCCCCAGGUGACCGGUGGUCGGGGCGGCGCCACCGGGCCUGGUUGCGUGCAAGGCCCGCUUGCUGCUGCCCCCAGAUCCCACUGCUUGCCCAGGCCUUCCCCCGGGCGGAGCCGAAGGAAGGUCAGGCCCGGCCGCCCCGCCCAGUCCCGUCCCUCCCUGCCCCGGGCGGUCACAGUGCGUGGCUCAUGAGUUGACUUCAGCCACGUGCAGAAUCCAUGGCGGCCUCGCAGGCCCUGGGGGAGAAGAUUAACAUCCUGGCGGGAGAGACUGUCAAGGUCGGGGAGAGGGACCCGCUGGGGAACGACUGUCCCGAGCAGGACAGGCCACCCCAGCGCUCCUGGAGGCAGAAGUGCGCCUCCUACGUGCUGGCCUUGAGGCCCUGGAGCUUCAGUGCCUCACUCACUCCCGUGGCCCUGGGCAGUGCCCUUGCAUACAGAUCUCAGGGCGUCCUGGAUCCCAGGCUGUUGGUGGGUUGUGCCGUGGCUGUCCUGGCUGUGCACGGGGCCGGCAAUUUGGUCAACACUUACUAUGACUUUUCCAAGGGCAUUGACCACAAAAAGAGUGAUGACAGAACCCUGGUAGACCGAAUCUUGGAACCCCAGGAUGUUGUCCGGUUUGGAGUCUUCCUCUACACCUUAGGCUGUGUCUGUGCCGCGUGCCUCUACUCCGUGUCUCCUCUGAAGCUAGAGCACUUGGCUCUCAUCUACUUUGGAGGCCUGUCUGGCUCCUUUCUCUACACAGGAGGAAUCGGAUUCAAGUAUGUGGCUCUGGGAGACCUCGUCAUCCUCAUCACUUUUGGCCCGCUGGCUGUGAUGUUCGCCUAUGCCGUCCAGGUGGGGUCCCUGGCCAUCUUUCCACUGGUCUAUGCCAUCCCCCUCGCCCUUAGCACCGAGGCCAUUCUCCAUUCCAACAACACCAGGGACAUGGAGUCCGACCGGGAGGCCGGCAUCGUCACACUUGCCAUCCUCAUCGGCCCCACCUUCUCCUACAUUCUCUACAACACGCUGCUCUUCCUGCCCUACCUGGUCUUCAGCAUCCUGGCCGUACACUGCAGCAUCAGCCUGGCCCUGCCCCUGCUCACCAUCCCCAUGGCUUUUUCCCUCGAGAGACAGUUCCGAAGCCAGGCUUUCAACAAACUGCCCCAGAGGACUGCCAAGCUCAACCUGCUGCUGGGACUCUUCUACGUCUUUGGCAUCCUUCUGGCACCAGUGGGCAGUCUGCCCAAACUUUAAGGGGACCAGUAGCUCCCCCCACAACAUGCCUCCCUUUCUUAGAAUAUAAUAAAGUCAGAGCCUCUGAGAAGGGAAAGGUACUUGGCAGUGAGGGUACUAAGCAUGGGUGUGAACUCCUACCUUUUUUUAGUUAUUAUGUUCUUAAAGGUAAUCUGUUGUUUUUGUUUUUCCAUUUUUAUGGGGAACUU